CAGUGAGCGGUUGUGAGGCGGAGAGAAGCUCGCGCUGCUUUCAGGAACAAAACCAGCACAGUGAAAAUAUAAAUACAGAUUAAUACAGAUUAAUUAAUACUACACCCGGAAGUGUUUAAAGUGUUUAUUACUCGGUGUUUGUCUCCAUUCAGGAUUUAAAGCAGCAGGAAGUGAACCUGAAGCACUGUGUGAGCGGAGACUCCUGAUUUCAGGGUGAGGGUUUCUGCUUCUCAUUCAGAGCUCAGCAACAAACACUGGCUGCUGAAGCGGGAUAAUCUCUCAGAACUGAACCACACGUCAGUGACGGCAGUCUGAGCCUCUGUCAUGGAGGCCAUCGCCAAGUACGACUUCAACGCCACUGCAGAUGAUGAGCUGAGCUUCAAACGCGGAGAGAUACUGAAGGUGUUAAAUGAGGAAUGUGAUCAGAACUGGUAUAAAGCAGAGCUGUAUGGGAAAGAAGGCUUCAUCCCCAAAAACUACAUCGAGAUGAAGCCGCACCUGUGGUUUUAUGGGAAGAUGCCGCGGGCGAGGGCGGAGGAAAUGCUGAACAAACAGAGACACGACGGAGCGUUUCUCAUCCGUGAGAGCGAGAGCGCGCCAGGGGAUUUCUCUCUCUCCGUCAAGUACACACUCUACUCUACUCCACUCUACUCUACUCCACUUCCACUCCACCUCUACUCCACCUCUACUCUGCUCCACCUCUACUCUACUCCACUCUACUCUGCUCCACCUCUACUCUACUCCACCUCUACUCCACUCUACUCUACUUCUAUUCCACUCCUAUUCCACUCUACUCUACUCUGCUCUACUCCACCUCUAUUCUACACUACUCUACUCUACCUCUACUCCACUCUACUCUACUUCUGUUCCACUCCUAUUCCACUCUACUCCACUCCACUCCACUUCACCUCUACUCCACUCCACCUCUACUCCACUCUACUCUACUUCUAUUCCACUCCUAUUCCACUCUACUCUACUCCUCCUCUACUCCACUUCACCUCUACUCCACUUCACCUCUACUUCUGUUCCACUCCUAUUCCACUCUACUCUACUCUGCUCUACUCCACCUCUAUUCUACACUACUCUACCUCUACUCCACUCUACUCUACUUCUGUUCCACUCCUAUUCCACUCUACUCCACUUCACCUCUACUCCACUCCACCUCUACUCCACUCUACUCUACUUCUGUUCCACUCCUAUUCCACUCUACUCUACUCCACUCUGCUCUACUCCACCUCUAUUCUACACUACUCUAUUCUACCUCUACUCCACUCUACUUCUGUUCCACUCCUAUUCCACUCUACUCCACUGCACCUCUACUCCACUCUACUUCUGUUCCACUCCUAUUCCACUCUACUCUACUCUACUCCACUCCACCUCUACUCCAACUCUACUCUACUCCACUCCACCUCUACUUCUACUUCACUCUACUCCUACUCUACACUCUACUCUAUUCUACUCUACCCCACCUCUACUCCACUCCACUCCACCUCUAGUCCACUCUACUUCACUCCCCCUAUACUCCACUGUACUCCACUCUGCUCUACUCUACCUCUACUCCACUCUACUCUGCUCUACUCCGCUCUACCUCUACUCCACCUCUACUCUAUUCUACUCUACUCCACUCCACCUCUAUUCCACUCUACUCCACUCUACCUCUAUUCCACUCUACUCUGCUCUACUCCGCUCUACCUCUACUCCACCUCUACUCUAUUCUACUCUACUCCACUCCACCUCUAUUCCACUCUACUCCACUCUACCUCUAUUCCACUUUACUCCACUCUACCUCUAUUCCACUCUACUCCACCUCUACUCUGCUCUACUCCACCUCUACUCUGCUCUACUCCACCUCUACUCUGCUCUACUCCACCUCUACUCUAUUCUACUCUACUCCACUCCACUCUACCUCUAUUCUACUCUACUCCACUCUACUCUACCUCUAUUCCACUCUACUCCACCUCUACUCUGCUCUACUUCUACUCUAUUCUACUCUACUCCACCUCUACUCCACUCUACCUCUAUUCCACUCUACUCUACCUCUAUUCCACUCUACUCCACCUCUACUCCACUCUACUUCUACUCUACUCCUACUCUACACUCUACUCCACUGUACUCCACUCUGCUCUACUCCAACUCUACUCUACCUCUACUCCACCUCUACUCCACUCCACCUCUAUUCCACUCUACUCCACUCUACCUCUAUUCCACUUUACUCCACUCUACCUCUAUUCCACUCUACUCCACCUCUACUCUGCUCUACUCCACCUCUACUCUGCUCUACUCCACCUCUACUCUGCUCUACUCCACCUCUACUCUAUUCUACUCUACUCCACUCCACUCUACCUCUAUUCUACUCUACUCCACUCUACUCUACCUCUAUUCCACUCUACUCCACCUCUACUCUGCUCUACUUCUACUCUAUUCUACUCUACUCCACCUCUACUCCACUCUACCUCUAUUCCACUCUACUCUACCUCUACUCCACCUCUACUCCACUCUACUUCUACUCUACUCCUACUCUACACUCUACUCCACUGUACUCCACUCUGCUCUACUCCAACUCUACUCUACCUCUACUCCACCUCUACUCCACUCCACCUCUACUCCAACUCUACUCCACCUCUACUCUACUACACUCCACCUCUACUCCAACUCUACUCUAACUCAACUUUACUCUAACUCUACUCUUUAUUUCCCCUCUAUUUCAUUAUUCUAAAUUCUACAUUGUUAUUCUUUAUUAUAUUGUAAUUGACAUACAGUGGUGCUCAAAAGUUUGUGAACCCUUUAGAAGUUUCUUUAUUUUUGCAUAAAUUUGACUGAAAACCUCAUCAGAUCUUCACACACGUCCUAAAGGUUGAUAGAGAACCCAGUUAAACACACGAGACUAAAAUAUUAUACUUGGUCAUUUAUUUAUUGAGGAAAAUUAUCCAAUAUUACAUAUCAGUGAGUGGCAAAAAAGUAUGUGUACCCUUG